AUGAAAUUUGUGUGGCUUGGAUCUAAACCCAAUCCAGAAGAGGUCCUUGAAAUACUCUCCUGCACAUGCAUGAGAGCGUGCACCAUCGAGCACUGCUGCUGCUUAAAGGCGGGUCUGAAGUGCACAGACAUGUGUAGUACAGUAAAAACCCGCGACUAAGAACCUGCAUUUUCCCAAGUCAGCCUAAACAUGUUCUUACAUAAAUGGUAAUUAGCACAUAUUUAGGCUACUUUAGGUUCUUAAAUAGGUUCUCAUUUUCUGAAGAAAAAGAUACAUUGAAGCUAAGAGCAUUUAGUGCUAUGUACCUUAAUUCCUUCUAUCAAAUCUGCAGACCAUUACAUUACAGCUGGUGUGAUAAGUCUCCUAUGUGUUCGAAGAGGAUCCUGAAUAUUGACUCAUCUUAUUUGCCCAAUUGAAAAGAAUUUUUUUAUAAAAUUUAGAAACUAAGAACCUGUUUCGUAUUUUCGGCUAAACAGGUUCUUGUAUAGAGGGGGCCUAACUCGCAAAUUAUAACCUACCAGGUUCUUAGUUUUUACUGUAUCCAAUGUGACAAAAUGGCGACUGACGUUGGUAUUCAAUGUGAGAAUGGGAAUAGUGACUCUGACGAUGGAGAAGACUGA